GUACAUACUUCAUCCUUCUCCAGCCCUUUCUUUAAGAGUUCAGCAUAGGGAAAAUGGGUUCCAAGGCUUUUGUUUUCCUGGCUCUUUUAUGGGCUGUUCUUCUUCUCAUCUCUUCAGAGGUGGCCGCUAGGGACUUGGCUGAGACCUCCACUGAACAAGAAAAGACUGAGGGGGCAGCAAAGACAAAUGGGGUAGAUGAUGCCAAGUACCGUGGCAAUGGAGGGUACCCAGGUGGCGGAAAUGGAGGACAGCCAGCUAUGGGAUACGGAGGCUUCUCAGGUGGUGAAAACGGAGGCUACCCAGGUGGCGGAAACGGAGGCUACCCGGGUGGCGGAAACGGAGGCUACCCAGGUGGCGGAAACGGAGGCUACCCUGGCCACGGACGUUAAGGUGGUAAUCCGGGCCGUGGAGGCUAUGGAGGAGGGUAUUGCCGGUAUGGUUGCUGCAGUGGUGGGUCCUAUGGAAGAGGUUGCAGGAGGUGUUGCUCUUAUGCAGGUGAGGCU